AUGAUUAAUAAGGACAAUUAAGUUAUGAAAAAAAAGUAUUAUUUAAAUGACUCUAAUUUAUUUAGUCAAAAUAUAACAAUUUUUAAGGGAAAAUUUAGUAAUGAUAAAAAUUUGGAAAAUGAGAUAUUUGGUUAACAGCUAAUGGAAAUGAUGAAAAAUAAUUAAUGUAAGCUUUUAGAUAAAAUCUCUAAUCUGAAUGUGUUAGUGAAGGUGGAUCAUAUGAUGAAGAUGGAAAUUCCGUUAAAAUUGGUAAAUGAAUUGAUUUAGAUCAUGAUUUUGAAAUGAAAAAAUAAAUGACUUAGAAAGGUAAAUAUAGAAUGGUAAAAAAAUUGGUUAAUGGAAUAAUUUGUACAAAGAAGAUAAAAUUUAAUAAAUAUUAUAUAAAUUACAUUAUUAUAACCUUGUAGUCGGGGUGGAUCCUACGAUUUAUUAUGUUAUGAAAUAAAGAUUGGUAUGGGUUGAAGUAAAUGAGUAAUUUAAAGAUAAUUUCUAAAUAACUUAAAAGGGUGAAUAUAAAAAUGGUAAGAAGUCUGGUUAAUGGAACAUUUUGAUUAAAGAAAAAUAAAUGUAAUGAAUUUUAUAAAAAAUAUUUAGUGGUGUGGCUGUUAUGAUGAAAAUAAAAAUAAAAUAUAAAUUGGAAAGUGGAUUGAAGUAACUGAGUAAUUUAAAGAUUAUUCAUAAGUUACUUAUAUUGGUGAAUACAAAGAUGGUUAAAAAAUUGGUCGAUGGUUAAAUUAGAAUAAAGGGGAGCAAAUGUAUAUUAUUUUCAUUCAUUUUAAAUAUAAAUUAAUGGUGGUGGAUUAUAUAAGGAAGGAGGUAAGUGUAUUAAGGUUGGAAAUUGGAUUGAUAUAAGUGAGGCUUUCAAAGAUAAUUCAUAAGUCACUUUUAGUGGUGAAUAUAAAAAUGGUUUAAAAUAUGGUAGAUGGGAUAUUUGGCAAAAGAUGAUAGAAGAAAUAAUCAAAAUAUAAAAAUGUACAAAAUAUCAUAUAAAACGCUUAAUAUUAACAUGCGUUAGUGGUGGUGGAUCAUAAGACGAAGAUGGUAAUGGCUUUAAAANCGCUUAAUAUUAACAUGCGUUAGUGGUGGUGAAUAUAAAAAUGGUUUAAAAUAUGGUAGAUGGGAUAUUUGGCAAAAGAUGA